UCUGCUUGUGUUACCCUAUUGUUUGACUGUGGAUAUGGUUCUUAGGAACUAUGGUGUGCCAUUGCACUUAAUUCGAGAACUCUAUGAUACCUUCCGCAACUUCAAGGUCCGAGUAUCUGAAUAUAUUCGCUAUCGGAAAAUCACUUCAAAUAUGAAUGAACGUUUCCCAGAUGUGACACCUGAAGAGCUUAAUGCAAGUGAUGCAACAUGCAUUAUUUGUCAUGAGGAGAUGGUGAGAGCCAAAAAGCUCCUUUGUGGACACCUUUUUCAUGUGAAUUGCCUCCGGUCAUGGUUAGAGCGGCAACAUACUUGUCCUACAUGCAGAGCACUUGUUGUUCCUCCUGAAAAUGGGAUAACUGCAUCUGGGAGACAUGGAGUCAGGUCUGAUUUUCAUCAGCAAGGAAUGGAUGCUGCAAGUACGUCUACUCAGGGUUCAGAAGGUGGUGCAACUGAUAAUAAUUUGACACAGCAUCAAAUCAGACUCCAAGCUGCAGCUGCUGCUGCUGCAGUAUAUGAGAAAUCUUUUGUUUAUCCUUCUGUGAAUGCCUUUGCAUGGUUUGCAUUUCCAUUGUGGGCAUUAAAAUAGUUGCUCUGUUAGGAUGCAUAGUUGCUUCACUUGUUUGGUUCAAUUGCAUUUUUGCAUAUGAAGUCAAAGUUAUUACAUAGCGUAGAACUUUUCGAUUUAGUUGAGUUUGAGGACAGCCCCCAUUUAUUAUAUUAUAGUGUUGUUCCAUAAAAUGUACCGUCUCAGUGUGGUUCUGUUCAUCGAGUGACUAUGAAGCACAGUUGGGGGUCCCCAUGCUAGCUUUUUGGAAAUACACCCAGCAUAAGGAUUCUGCUUUUGCCUGAGACAUUAUAAGAAACCAAAAUUCCCCCUGCUGAUAAAUUAUAUAGAAGAUCUGAUGUAGUUAGGGCUACCAAGAGGAGCCAUUGAGUGACCAGAUUGUGGUCCAGCUCUGCCCUAUAUCUGGCCCUGGUUCAGCCCAUCAAAUCAGGCCAAGUGGCAUGCUGAUCUGGCCCUUCUAUGGCCACAUCUAACCAGCCCAAAAGCUGGAAAACAUUGUUCAUGAGUUACUCCUGCAAUUCUGCCCUCAAAAGAAUCUUCUAGAAGACCCCUGCUGCUGUCCCUUAUUGUUGAAGAAUUAAAUUCAAAGGACUCGUCCAAACAGCCAUCGAUUGUAGCUUCAAGGGAGGAGACCAGCAGCCAUCCAAUUGGCCAAUUAGAGUUUUAUUAGUUUUUUUUUUUACUUCUAAUUCCUUCCGUCUAGUUCACAACUAAGUUUGUUAGUUAGUUAGUCAGUUAGUUUCCUUUCAUUUGUCUAUUUUUAGGCAAAGUAGUUAG